UCACGCCCCUUUCCUCCCCCCUCCCCUCCCUUCUGGUUCAGAGAAGCUCAGUCUGUGGCUUCAGCCACAUCCGGUUCCGGCGAUCAACGGUACCUGCCUAGUGGAGCUCGUGAGCCGGAUGACUUCAUUGGCACUUGCCACAAUAUCCUGACCCACAAUGCAUAACUCAGAUUGGAAUUCAUCCCUGUACUGUUUUGAUUGGAAGCCAGGAUGGGGGUUGAAUUAUGUUUCACUAAUUGGACAUGUAUGAGCACAGAGUAAGGAACAAGUUAGCAUUAUAUAUCUAACAAAGAGAGGAACAAGAUAGUAUUAUUUUUAGUGAACAGGCAGCAUGUGCUUAAUUAUUGUUUUGUAAAUUUUUUUUAGUUGAGUUGGUUUUGCAUAGAACUAUUUGUCUUUGGAAAUCAGCUAAAGUGAUGAACUGUAGUAAAAAGUAGCAUGAAUGCUUUUGGAGCAUGUGAUUUCUAGAAAAGGCAAGAUGUGGUGAACAUAUUAAUAAGACAGGAAAUGGAGAUAUGGCAAUAGUGUUGAGAGUGUAGAGUAGUGGCUAAGUCUUUUUGUGAAGUGCUCAAAAGGAAAGAUAUUUAAUUUCAGGAAACAGAUGUUUAAAUAUAAUUUUAGCAGCAUCAUGAAUAAAAGGAAAAAGUGAGUUUGUGUUACAAGAGGUGAUGAAGAGCAGUCCAGGAACGUGUUAUUAGGUUGAUAGAGUCAUUAAGAAGAUACCGCUGAGCCAAGCUGUUGAUGGAAUGUAAUGAUAAUAGCAGGAGAUCUCUACUGCAACCUGUUGUGGGUUAGCUGUCUCGUUUCUGGUUUAAUUUGACACCCCCAAGGGCAAAUAAGAAACCCCCAAAGGAUGGAAGGGGUUGAAACCAGUAGUUCAGUCUCCCCUUCAGGAUUGUUUCCAGAAUGGAGUCUCGCCUUCUGGACACUGUGUGCCGUGGUCGUGCCAAUCCUGCUCACAUUGUGGUGCAGCUUCCGGCGAUCCCGGCGACAAGGCCAAGUGCAGGACAUCUUGCGCAAAAGCAAGCAUGACUGGCAGGACACCGAUCUCUUCAGCCAGCCGACCUAUUGCUGCAUCUGCGCUCAGCACAUCCUUCAGGGCGCUUUCUGCAACUGUUGUGGGUUGUGUGUGGACGAAGGGUGCCUGAAGAAGGCCGACCGUCGUUUCCACUGCAAGGAGAUCAUGACGAGGGGAGAAGGCAGCAUCCGGACUUCUAUGGUGCACCACUGGAUCCGAGGCAACGUCCCGCUGUGCAGCUAUUGUGUUGUGUGCAAGCAGCAGUGUGGUACCCAGCCCAAGCUGUGUGAUUACAGGUGUAUUUGGUGUCAGCAAACAGUACAUGAUGAAUGUAUGCAGAGCUCCUUGAAAAAUGAGCAAUGUGGACUGGGAGAGUUUCGCAACCUCAUCAUCCCUCCGUAUUAUUUGUUCAGUGUCAGUCAGAUGCGUAAAGACAAACACAUGGACUAUGGGAAGCUAGCCUCCUGCUGUGGGAAAAAUUGGACUCCUCUGAUCGUUCUGGCUAAUACUCGUAGUGGAAACAAUAUGGGGGAGACAUUGAUGGGCCAAUUUAAAAGCUUGCUAAACCCAAUUCAGGUGUUUGAACUGACCAAAACAACCCCAGCAAAGGCACUCCAGCUUUGCACCUGGUUGCCUUGCAAUUCUGCUAGAGUGUUAGUCUGCGGCGGAGAUGGCACCGUGGGCUGGGUCUUGGAUGCAAUUGAUGACAUGAAAAUUAAGGGUCAAGAGCGCUAUGUCCCCCAGGUGGCAAUCUUGCCCUUGGGGACAGGUAAUGAUCUCUCCAACACCCUGGGCUGGGGGGCAGGAUAUGCCGGAGAGAUCCCAGUGGAGCAGAUUCUGCGCAACGUCAUGGAUGCUGAUGGAAUCAAGUUGGACAGAUGGAAGGUCCAAGUGAUAAAUAAAGGCUACUACAAUUUAAGAAAACUAAAGAUCUUCACAAUGAACAACUAUUUUUCCAUAGGGCCAGAUGCUCUCAUGGCCUUAAACUUUCACGCUCAUCGUGAGAAAUCUCCCUCUUUGUUUUCCAGUAGGAUCAUUAACAAGGCUGUUUAUUUUUUCUAUGGAACCAAAGAUUGUUUAGUACAGGAAUGUAAGGAUUUGAACAAAAAGAUUGAGCUAGAGUUGGAUGGAGAGAAAAUCGACCUGCCCAGUUUGGAAGGGAUCAUAGUGCUGAAUAUCGCCUACUGGGGAGGUGGCUGUCGAUUAUGGGAAGGAAUGGGAGAUGAGCUUUACCCUCUGGCAAGAAAUGAUGAUGGACUAUUGGAAGUUGUUGGGGUGAAUGGCUCUUUCCACUGUGCACAGAUUCAAGUAAAGCUUGCAAAUCCCAUCCGGCUGGGUCAGGCCCAUACUGUGAGGCUGAUCCUGAAGAAUUCCAAGAUGCCAAUGCAAGUGGAUGGAGAGCCCUGGGCACAAGGCCCCUGCACAGUGACAAUAACUCACAAGACCCACGCACUGAUGCUCUAUCACUCAGGUGAACAGACAGACGAUGAUGACGAGAUCUCCAGUGUAUCCGAGCAGGAGCCGUUAAAAGAUCAGACGGACGAGGAUACAUAGGUCUUGGCCACAUUUUCAUUUACUAGCUGGUAGUGGUAACACAGCUUGACUUUCACAGAAAAGCUUUGUGCUAAAUAUUCUGACUAUAGUAGACCUCUUAAGGCCAUGCCACCUCUACUUUCCUGUGGUGUUGGAAUUAACCAAGCCAUGCUUUUAGUGACUGAAGAAAGCUAAUCCAUGCUGAAAUUCAGCAUACAAGUUUGCUUUGUUGCAUAUUGUGAUGCUGAAGUAGAGAUGAGGACCAGGGAGAGGCACUUUCAUGGUCACUUGGCAGUGACUGCCCUCCUGACAGCAUUUCUUCUGUAAACUCUCAGAAUCCUUCCCUAGUUCUGUGGAGUAGCUACCAAACGUUCACCAUUUGUCAUUGUGUAAAUCUAGCAUUGAAGAGGACAUGACUUCAUGCUGCAAACUUCAUCAUGCCUCACUGGGAGUACUGGUGGAUUCAGGUGUGACUUCUCUUGCUUGCACAUUUCUUCAUUUUCAGAGCUAACUGUGAUGCAGUGUUACAUCAGCACCAGGAUUUUGGCUACCCAUGGUUAGGUCUGAACAUGAAAAAGAUUGUGAGAGGGGAGUGAGUUUGCAUUUGGAUGUGUCUGAGCCCACAGGACACUCCUAGUGCAUUUAGGUUUAUACUAGAUCUCAGCCAAUGUCACUGUCACUAAGACAGUCACUGGCUUCUAUUGAGAGCUUGAGUAGUUUUAUAUUUCUGCUGUCUUAGAUGCUAAGGAGAGAGAGAUAUUGGCCUGUACAUUGUUUAUCAGCCAUAUUUAAAGCAUUCACAGUUGUCCCAUACAUAAAAUGUGCUCCUUCACCGAUUUCCUAGAGAUGAAAAGAGUUUCAUCUCUGGACUAUGGCUCUGAGAGGCAGUAGGAAAUGUAUAUGGGAAACAAGAGCUGUAGAAAUGAAACUGUUGAGCCAGGUGUAGAUAUGUUGUAAUCUCUCCCACCCCGCCCCCGGCCAUUCCUGUUCAGAAUGGAUAUGGCAUUCUUCCUGGGGAAAUAAGCACACUAGCAGAAUAGAAAAUGCUUCUGGCAGCUGACCUAUGGCUAAGAGGACUAAGCUGUGUCACGAGCCCCAACCACUUUUGUGUAUCCAUUUUGCAAGGGGAUUCAAGGUACCUCUUAUUGCAACAUGCCCAAAAAUACAUGGAUUUAACUGAGAGUCGGGCUAACAUAAGUCACCCAAAAUAUUCCAGUCCUAAAAUGCUGGCAGAAUUAUGUAAAGCUUAAUAAGAAAAGGAUAACACUUUCAUUUGAAACAAGUGGAGGGGAAUUAGAUUUUAAAUUUCAAAGAAUUGAUAAACUAAACCGUCCGCAACACCCAGCAGCAAAUGAGAACAUUGUCAAUCAUUUCUGGGUUAGACUCCACAAAUAAAAGAAGUCCUCCAUUCCAGCAGAGGCUUCUGACAAGUUUUCCCUUCCACCCAACCUCAGUCCCUCUCUACAGCAUUAUCUACGCUGUUUAAAGGGGUUUAGCAGCCCUACAAUUUAACUUUUCAAGAGGCUGUUUUUUUUGUAAGAUAAGUUCUAUUGAUAGGAAUUUUGGAUUUAUCCCAGUGUAAUGUAAGCUUAUUUAGGUCACAUACAGGUUUUUGGUUUUGCCUGGGCCACAAUCCAUAGGACCAUGCACAAAUUCUACAGAAGUGAACAGAUGUUGCCCAAGGUUGACAUUCCUCUUCAUUUCAGCGGUGUUUACACAGAACAUUUUGGACACUGAUUUUUCCCCUCAUCUCUGUAGGGAAGAAAUUCCCCAUUUUGGCACUUCAUUUUUUGCUUAAUAGCUCUGGUGUAUGUUGGCCACUUAGGGUAAUAUAAUUCCAAGUUAUCAAACAAUUGUUUCAAAUAGCUUAAAUUAAGACUGCCUCACUCAGAAAGUCUCUAAAUAUUUUGAUAAACCACAGCAGUCUAAACUUAGCAAUUAAUGGUCUUGUGCCAGUUUGAAAACCAGUUUCUAUGUUUCAUGUAGUUUACUGUGUAGACCAAAUAUUACUUAUAGGGAUGGCAGGAGUUUUGCUGAACUAUUUUUUUCUCAAAUAUAGUAAUAUAUUUUUGUUAAGUAGAUGCAUCAUUGCACUGUGUUUGCGACACUUUGUUUUCUAUACACAUCCCAGCUUGUUAGGAUAUGCAUCCCGCAAAGACCAUUUGAAUCCAUAUCUUCUGUUGUACAAGCUAGGUUUCUGUGUCCAUAUGAUAGAAUCUAUUUUCUGAGACACAAAGAAAGAAGCGAUGUCCUUUUAUUCACUGCUUCCCCUUCAUGAGUAGUUGUUAUAUCUUUCUCUUUGUACAUACUUAACGAGUAAGAACAGUUAUAAAAGUGCAUGGAAAACUAUUAUCAGUGUGAGAGUCACCAGACAAAGAAGCAGCCCAGGUGGAUGUUACAUUUAAUGUGAAGUUCACAGAGAUCUAGCUAUUCAAGUUCUGCUCUAUUUAUAUGAAUUAUUCCUUUAUUUUUGUAUACAUGUUUAUUUAAGUACUAUGGGUGUCUUGGUGUUUACAUAGGCAUAAAAGUAAGUGGACCACUUUUGAAAGUUUACUGGGAUAGCUUCAUUCUUUCCUGCUAAAUAAAGCAUUAAUGCUUGUUCCAGAACAAUGGAGGAGACAAUGCCCUUUUUGCUGUUUUAUCAUGUUAUCUAGAGCAGUAUGUCAGAGCUGUAAUGGAAGUUCCUGCUUUUGAGCACAAUUGCAAGUGACUUUCAUCAGGCAGUUGAGGAGUGACUCCAGCAACCAUUGGACAGUGCAGAAUUGAACUAUAACAUAAUUCAAGCCUGGAUGAUACAUUCUGACUGGGAAAUCUUUCAUGUGUAAUGAAACAGUGAGCACACCUUACUCACAAUAUGUGAUGCAGUGUACUCUUAAUUCUCAGUCUCACCUUCCCUCCAAGUGCCAAAUACACUUCAAGAGAAGAAAUGAGCUGAUUGGCACUGAACUCUAAACCCCAAGCUCUUCCAGAUUCUUUGGAACUACAGUUCCCAUCAGGCUUAACCAACAAUGUCAUUGGUGAGAGAUUGGUGUGAGGAGUUGCAGUCCAGCAACAUGAGGUGCACCACUCAAUUCAGUCAUGAUUAAGAUCUGUGAGCCUGGGGCAAAGUAACCCUGAAUGAAAACUCUGGCUCGUGUAGUCCAUCCCCUCAUAUACUAGAAGUGGAUCUUUAUUGGCUUUUCUUGUUCCUGGCUUCUUAUCUUUAAACCAUAUUCCGGUUUAAUAAUAAUAAACUGGUUAAACAAACUAGCUUUGGAAACAGCCUCUUCAAGUACCUUGUUGGGAAACUGACCAUUGCUUGUUCUAAACCAGGCAUGGGCAAACUUUGGCCUUUCAGGUGUUUUGGACUUUAACUCACACAAUUCCCAACAGCUGGUAAGCUGGCUGGGAUUUCUGGAAGUUGAAGUCCAAAACACCUGGAGGACCGAAGUUUGCUCAUGCUUGUUCUAAACAGUGAUCACUGGUUCCUAGUUAAGGGUAAGCCAAGAUUUAAAACUGAAACUCUGUGCAAAAGCCUGUCUUUUGGGAAGAGGAGGAAGGAAUAUAACAUCCCGGGUCUGCAGUCUAGCAUGAAUAUAGAAAUUGGUUGGUGUGUCUAUACAUCACCUUUGUUAUUUACAUUAUGUCCAAUGGGCAAUUGGAGACACAACAAGGUACUCACUGCCCAACUACACAUGGAAGAUUUUCAGACUAAGGAAGGAGUAAGCCAAUUGAAAUGCUCUUGUAUAUUGUGAUAUGUGUUUCUGUCUAAUUUCUUUAUGUAUUUCUGUAAAAUUGUUUAUAGAACAAAUGCUGUUAUUCUAUAAUAUGUUAUCAUUUUAAGUGCAUUGCACUACUGAAUGCUGACCAGAAUUAAGCACUUGAGAAUUGUAAAACUCUUUAAAGCACUGCAGUUGACCAAAAGGGGGUGCUCACCUACCAAGUGAACAGAAUAUACACACAGAUUCCUUGUGAAUUUACAUUAUUGGUAAAUUAACGAAGCACUUGCAUUUUUAAUGUUUUACAUUUUUUAUUGUUUUGCUUAAAUUUAACUACAUUGAAGUAAUUUGCAAAAGAAGUUAGUCUUUUCAAAGAAGUUGCUAACUUGGGAAUUUGGUUUCAUGACCCUCUGGCUGGUUGGCAUCCCUGUGACAUGCAGUGAUUUCUUUUGGCCUGUCGUAUGUAUUUCAGUUUUCACAUUAGAAGUUGCUUUCACUUCAUGACUACAUUGGAAAGAGAUAAACAGUGUUGUUUACGCUGCAUUCAAUAGCAGCAAAAUGGAGGGAUUCCAUUUGAUUCAGACAAUCUUUGUCUGCUCCCAAAUGUCCUCGUUCCUGAAUAGGGCACCUCGAAUCUGGAUGCUGUGGUGUCUGGUUAGUGAGUACAAGUGGCAUAUUUUGUUCUUGGUUACUAACCUCAGGAUUUUAAAGUGCCAACCUGCUAAUAUGUUAGGAGUGGUGGAACAUGGGGCCUUGCAGAUGUUGUUGAUCUGAAAUUUCCAUCAGCCCUAUUGAGCACAGUCAAUGAUGAGUGAUGAGAUGAGUGAUCCAGCUGUUUUUGGAGGCCCACCUAUGCUUUUCACACUACACAAUUAUCGUGUAGUCCACUUUAACAGCCAUUGCUGUAUCUUAUGGAAUCCUAGGGUCUGUAGUUAAUGGAGGUACUCGAUCUCUUUGUAUGAUGAUUGUAUGUGCUCAUCCCUAAACUGCAUGAAUCCCCAGGGUUUCAUAGGAUCUUACCAUGCCAGCUAAAGUGGAACCAUAAUUGCAUAUUAUAAAAGGACCCAUGUUCUCUACUUCUGCUCUAAACAGAAAUUAGAAUCUAUGCCAGAAUCUAAGAAGAACCCUGCAUCUCUGACAUAGCAUUGAAGUAGACAGUAUUUAUCCUGAAAUGAAUGUGACAUGACUAUUAAUGUGUGCCCAAAAGUGAUAUAGCCAUAUUUUCUCUUCUGUGCUAUUUCAAAUUAUGCUCAGGUUGCUUUUUGCUUGCUGCUUUUUUGACCUUUUGUCUGUCUUUUGCCAGCCCGGGGACUGAACUUAAUAUUGUUUACAUACCUCGUGGGGACUGAUCAGAUCCUCCAAGAGUUUUUUUUCCUUAUGCUUUGAAGUUUUAGCCUUCACAAGCUGCUAGUUUUGAGUUCAAACUAAUGGGAAAUUGAAUUUUUGGGCAAGAGUCAGAAGAUAGUCAGAAACACAUUUUCUAGGUCUCACUGCUUUGGAUUUUAGAAAAGGAAAUCUUUUGACUGUAUUAAAUACUUUGCUACUGAAAUAAAAUGGAUGAUGCACUGAAGCUUGAAGUCCAGGUAUUGUAGUAGUCCUUUCUUUUUAGAAUAGUUGUUAUGAUCUUUUCUUGCACAGGAUGCUUUCUCACCUGAGUGUGAAAGCCAAAGGCAAUGGGAAAUGUAAUUUAAUGUACUGUUAUGAGUACAGUAUGAGUGUUAUGAGUACAUACAGUCUGUACGAACUAAAACUUUUUCAUGAUGGUUUAUUAAAAUUAACUUAAAAUCCGACCUGUAAACUGCAUACUCUUAAUAGAGCUUCUUUUCCCCAUACCGGUAAUCAUAUCUUGGGAGAAAAAUAAGACUGGCCCUGACACUCAUAUUCACAUGUCAUCAACCACAAAAUGUCAAUGGAGAAAAGAGGAAGAGCUAGGAUCUCACAUAUGCUGGGUGUGUCAGGUGCUGAUGGGUUGUGUAGAAAGUAUCGACUACAAAAAGGAUCCACAGGGAUCAGACUACAACUCAUAUGAUGACAGAUAUCUAGGAACUUCAAGCUUAAAACAGAAUAAUUCGCCUGCCUGUCAAAACCCAUAGAUCUUACAAUGACAAGCCUGUGAGGCUACUAUCUGGGUGGAUGAAGUUUCUGUGCACAGAGUUUCUAACUAGGAAGACGUGUGCUAAGCAGUUUCUUUUUUUGAAACAAAAGGAGCCACCUGCGGAUCAGGAGACUUAUUCUUCAAAUUGACCCGGAUUGGAACAAAACUAGUUUUUCUGCACUGAUGAGGAAGAAUUAAAAGCAGUGGUGGGUGUUCCUUAACAACCACCUUCCCUUCCUUCCCUUGUGUAACAUAUAGUACAGCCUGACUUGUCAUUGCAAGGAGAUUAUUUUUGCUCAUAAGGCAACACAUUUUGUAGGAAAACUCAGAAUAAGGGCAAGAAACCAGACAAGUAGAAGCCAACAUUCCUGUGGUUUGUGGCAAAAACAUUCAUCCUGUGUGUUAUGCAGAGUGGGAUUUAAUUUCAGGGAUAUAAGAAAUUCAAUCUGCACUGAAUGACAAUUCUGUUUUGUUGUACAGUUGCUUACUGCAAAUGAUCUUUUUAUUUGUUUUUCAGUGCAAGCACUGAAUAUUUCUCAGGUAAUUUCUGUUGCUUCAGAUAUUUGCAUUCUAGGUUGUAGUGUUUUUUCUCAUUUACAUGAUUUGAUGUAGAGGGUUUUUAUGAAAACGCUAGUUGGUUUGUGUUUGUCCUGUAAUCCAGUUUAGCAGAAAACAGUACUUUGUCUGUGGGGAAGCUGUUGCUCUUUGUGUUGUCUGAAUGUCUUAGUUGUUGUUUGAUCAUGUGUCUUGAGUUCUCGUUGGUUUAACUAACUAAACACAAAGGGUGUAUGGAAAAUUUUAGAGCAUGCAAAUACCAACUGUGAUAUGGAACAAGGAAAAUGUAUCCGUGUGUGUAAUAGUGUGUUUUAAUUAUCUGUUAUUCUCUUAAAACAUAGGUGGUCCUAGUAUAGUGCUUACAAUCCCCACCCACCCAUGCUUGCUUUUGCUGCUCAGAUAGCUGCAAACUACAAAUUUAGUCUACAGUCUUAUAUGAGUAUAGCUGGGAGUAAUCCUAUGCAAUCAAUGGGGGGUCACUAGGUGGAUAUACAUAAAUUUGUACUGUAAUGGGCACUGACUUCCCCUCUUACAACUUCUUUGCUUCUGAAACCCACACCUACAUUAUAGCUGGCAAGUGAGCUGACAGGUAAUUGUUAUGGGCAUCAAAACAACUGUGAGGGUGCUUGCCAUAUCCUGUUCAUAUCCAUUCCAAGUUGCAUCCUCGGUUUGGCUUGUUUUGAGAUUUGACAUCUGAUUCCUUUUGUUGGGUUGAAAGGUAAUUCACAUGAACAUAAAAACAACGGGUUUUUUAGUUUAGGCAAAGUGAUAACAUCCACUGUUGUGACCAAUAAUUUAAUUCUCAAGCCCCAGUUUAUUGAUCUUGUCAUUAUGCUCUCAUUUUAGAUAACCUCAGUUACCAUUGUUAUUUUAUUUUUGUCAAUAUAAGCUGCCGUUGCAAAGUAUGCCUACUAUAAAUGACUCACUUGUGUGUCCCAAACAGUAGUGUGGGAGCCCAGUAUUAAAAGUAAUCCUAUGUGUGAGCAAUCUUCGUGUUUGAGAGAAAAUAGCAUAUAAACCUGUUUCCUCUUGUUGUAUUCAAAGAAUGGCACAAUGUAGUGACUAAUUCCUAGUUCUUAUAAAUGUCAGACAAAGCAGUCAGAUUUUACCUGAACCAUAAACCUUCAGUCUCUGGAGAGGGAUUAACAACUUAGUGUUUCUGCAUUUUGAGGAGACAUCCCUUCAUUGUAUUUUUCUGUAUGGUUGUCAACAUCCAACUUCCCUGCGUUUUACUGCAAAUAAAGCCUGUCAGUCAAGAUGUUUCUAGACUAAUUCACUUGAGUCAAGGACUUGUUAGAUGCCAUUAAGCAAGCCUCUACCUACUUUCUGAAACAUAAAGGAAUUAAAAUAAAAUUACAAAUUUAGCAACAGAGGAUUUACCAGUGGUUCUCAACCUGGGGGUCCCCAUAUGUUUUUGGCUUUCAACUUCCAGAAAUCCUAACAGCUGGUAAACUGGCUGGGAUUUUUGGGAGUUGUAGGCCAAAAACAUCUGGGGACCCCAGGUUGAGAACCACUGAGCCUAUUCUGACUCUUCCCACCCCACCCAUUCUUUCUAUGACUCUGGAAAAAAUGUGCUAAAAGGAACAUUUGUAAAGAAUAUCUGGUUCAUGAUUUGUAAAUAUUAUUUUGGAGAACCCCUAUUUUAAUACUAGACUCCCCCUACAUUUUAUGUUGUUUCUGUUCAUUGGAAAGUGUCUCUGUGUACAUUUGGUGUGAAGGAAAUGAUGUGUGGAUUUGAAUCUGUGUCGUCUGCUCACUUGAGAGGAGACACUAAUCUGAAUGUGAGUCUGUUUCCAUGACUUGUAAAAAACUUACAGUGAAAUAAAGAAAAUGAAAUAAAA